AUGCCUGACAUCCGCACACUUCCUAUUGAACUUGCGAAAAUAGCGAAAGAAGAACUGAAUGAAACACCAGGCCGAAUUCAAGAUGACAUUGAAUCAUUACGUAAUUGGAUUAGUCAGUCACCUCAUUUAAAAUCACGAACAGAUGAUCAAUUUUUGAUUGCUUUCCUUCGUGGUUGCAAAUAUAGUUUGGAGAAAGCGAAACAAAAACUGGAUUUAUUUUACACGGUUCGGACUCAUGCACCUGAACUGAUAAAAAAUCGUGAUCCAAUGAAUGAUCAUGUUUUGGGAAUGAUAAGAUUAGGGUCCGUUUUUGGUAUUCCGUUACCGAUUACCGAUCGACCCGAAUCACCUCGAAUUAUCCUUGUGCGUCCUGGAAUAUUUGAUCCACAUUUAUACACAAUUCAAGAUGCAAUGCGAGUGACAACGAUGAUGCUUGAUUACAUGUUAAAUGAAGACGAUAAUUUUGUGAUUGCGGGUCAAAUUGGAAUUUUAGAUCUAACUGGUGUUACCGUCCAACAUUUCUUUCAAUUUAAUCCAACAUUUAUUAAAAAGAUGACAAUUCUAACACAAGAUGCUGCACCUGGGAGACAAAAGGGACUUCAUUGGAUAAACACGCCGAGAGGCUUUGAACAAGUUUUUAAUAUCUUUACAAGCUUCAUGAAUGAAAAAAAUCGAUCAAGAUUAUUUGUUCACAGUAAUCUCGAGUCGCUUUAUAAACAUGUCCCAAAAAGAUUAUUACCAAAAGAGUACGGAGAACAAUAA